CGCCAUCUAUAGAAUGAAUGUUCAAUAUACGUACGACGUACCAAGAAUUGAAGGUGAUUUGUUGUCAACAUGGCGUUUGGCUUUUAUUCGCUCUUAGAAGCAGGACUUUUAAUUAUAAAUGCAAUUGCCGUUUUACAUGAAGAACGAUUUUUAAGUAAAGUUGGAUGGGGUAGUGAUCAGAGUACAGGGGGUUUUGGUGAGGAGCCUGGAAUGAAAGUACAACUUAUUAAUCUUAUAAAAUCCAUUCGGACAGUAAUGAGAGUUCCCUUAAUAUUUGUAAAUGCUGUUACAAUAGUACUGAAAUUGGUGUUUGGAUAGCAGAUUGUGACUUCAUCCCAUCCCACAUCAACAGUAAUGAAAACAACAGCUUCAUCCGUUUGUUUGACCAGUCUUGAGAGCACCCUCCAGUAGUGGAUACAAAAAUAGAGAAGGACUAAGCAGUGAUUCCAUAAAUCUUAUUAACUUUGCAUUAAUUUAUUUUAAUGAACUAAAAUUGCACUGUUUUCAUUUAAUGAUAUUUGCUCAACAGACCAUACUUGCACUGCCAUAUGUUUUUCUUGACUUUAUACAAUGGUUGGAAAUCUGCUACUGUAGGUUCAGCAAUCCCUAAUACAUAAGAAAGAGGAUAACAAGAGAACAGAAUGUUUAUUUUCAGUAUAUAAAAUUUAAAAAACUAAAGAUGCUAAUAAUAGUUGAGAGGGGUUUUUUUAAAAUUUAAUCUAAUAAGCGAACUUCUAUUUACAAGUACUAUACCUGCAUUAGUGCCCUCGGUUUUGCUGCAUUAAGCAAUAGAAAAAAAGGCUUCCGACUUGAGUUAUAGUAAUUGAAAGUGACUAUCUCUUAAUUGCAAAGUAAUGAAGUUCCAGGACCCCUCACACAAGGACUUGACAGCUGUUGGCUACAGUACUAUAUGAUGGAAGGGGAUUCCCCUCUUAAGUCCUUCAUCUAUUUGCUAUACUCAACAGUUGAUACUACAGUACAUUUACCUAAAAAAAUGUGUAUUAAAUAUCAGAUAACCUUUCAAUUUCUAAUGGUAUAAUGGUGUUUUUAUGUACCUUAAACAUGAAUUAUAUUUUACUAUAUAUUUUAGUAAACUAUCAUAUUUCCUUUUUA